AUGCAGCCGGAGCCGGAGGCCAGCUCCCCUGAAGGGGUGACCCUCACAGAUCAUUACAUGAUCCUCAGGACCCUUGGCAAAGGCAGCUUUGCUGAGGUGAAGCUGGCCUGCCACCUCCACACAGGGGUUUGGGUUGCUGUCAAGAUCCUGGAAAGGGGUGAGAAGAACGAUUCUGUUAUCAUGACUGAAAUAGAUAUCAUUAAGUCACUGGACCACCCAAACAUUAUCAAACUGUUCCAUAUCAUUGAAACCAGAGAACAUACCUAUAUGGUGAUGGAACAUGCUGCUGGGGGAGAUCUGGUGAGCCAUAUUGAGAAAGUGGGCUGUCUGAAGGAGGAAGAGACCCACCGCAUCUUCACACAGAUGGUGUGUGCAGUUAACUACUGCCAUGAGAAUGGUAUUGCACACAGGGACAUCAAACCAGACAACAUCCUGCUGGAUGGCAAAGGAAGCGUCAAACUGUGUGACUUCGGCUUGGCCAUCAAAGUAGCCUCUGGGCAGAGGUUCAAGGGAUUCUGUGGCACCCUUGAAUAUUGUGCUCCAGAGAUUUUCACUGAUGUAGAAUAUGAUGCACAGGCAAAUGACAUCUGGAGCAUGGGAGUGGUUUUAUACACAAUGGUGACAGGGCGCUUCCCAUUUGAGGCAAAGACCUAUUCACAGAUGAAGGAGAAGAUGCUGCAUCCCGAGUACUCCAUCCCGUCAAUGCUUUCUCAAAACAUUGUAAACCUCAUUGUGCAGUUGUUCACCGUGGACCCUGAGCAGAGGCCCAAGAUAUGUGAUAUUAUGCAGCACCAGUGGCUCAAGGGUAGUGAAGGACUUUCCAAACUAGCAUCUUCUUUAGGGACACAUCCCAGCAACCCAACUCCCAGCAUUGUGGUGGCUAUGUUGGCCAUGGGUUACAAUGCCAAGGACAUUAGAGACUCUUUACAUGAAAAAAAAUUCAAUAACAUCAUGGCAACUUACCUAAUUUUAAAGCAUCAGUCACCCUGGAGGGACAACACUAGCCAUCAGAUGAAGCCUGUGUGGCAUGAUGUUGCCAUGACACCUGUACGUCCUCCCACCUUCCAUCGCCCCCUAAAGAGGACAGGGAAUGAGCCUGCUCUUCACAUUCUCACCUUGUCAGCCAAGUACCACGUGUGUGACAGUGACAACCUUGCCAGGAAGAAGGGAUGCAAAACACACAGCAUGCCUGAUGUCCCAUGCUGCCAGCAGAAGAGAAUUCUUCCUCCCAACACAGAUCCCCAGCAUACUCCUGUGGCUGCUCAGCUUGUGAGCAGCAGCUUUUGGGAGACCAGCAUGACCUCCAAGGGUGUGUCCUUAGGUAACACAUUUUCAGAAUGUAUUUCUUCUGAAAAAUAUUUGUCCUAUAAGGCACCCCAGAAUGUAGUCACCACUGAGAUCAGCUUGUGCACCCAGAUUGUACCAUCUGAGAAGAAUUCCAGAGAGGCACACACAGCCUCUCCUCAUAGCCUACACCAAGGCUGGAGGAGAUUUAAGAGGAGAAUGGGGAAUGGUGUGCGAAGACUAUGCUGUUGCCUGCCAGCCCAGCAGACAAGUCAGGUUUUCAAGAAGAAAGUGACUCCAGUGGAUGGGGAAGGCAAUGGAGUUACACCAAAUCAGGUAUGUGGGGUGGCAAAGGUGGACUGA